CACCGCCACUCUGCAACGCCCUGGAUUAUUUCCUUUUAAGUAUGAUUUCGAGCGAUAACACGUCUUUGACAUUACUUUGACACGGAACUAUAAUGGACUCUAGACUAACACAAUUCGCAGCUCUCAACCAGAAGGACAAAGCUCCAGCCUAUCUAUCUCUGGUGUCAGAGAUUCUCACUCGUCAAGAUCAGUCUCUCAUAGCUCUCGAUCUCCAUACGCUAGUGGAAACGGUCGUCCAGGAUGUAGGCAUUGUCGUCGGAAGACAAGUCCUCUCCGAACUGGUCAGAAAUCUUGGUACCGGAAGCAUAUCAGAUCACAACCUGCGGAAACGCAUCGUAAAGGAAACUCUCAACACGCUUCAGCCCCGAAUCGUAAGUUAUGAAGAGCAGGUCAACUCUCUACGCUUUCAACUCGCAGAUUUGCUAGAAACGGAAGAAGAAUGGAGCGAAGCUGCCCGUGUCCUUAUGGGAAUCUCUUCUCGGUCACUACCAGACGAGGAAAAGUUUCGCGUGAAUAUUCGGAUAGUCAGGCUACUCCUAGAAGAUGAGGAUUCUGUCCAGGCGGAGACUUACUACAAUCGCGCCGCUUCCCUUUCCAAUUCGACAUCAGACCGAGAGACACAACUUCAGUUCAAGCUCUGCCAAGCCAGAAUCAGUGACUAUGCACGCAAGUUUCUCGAGGCUGCAAUGCGCUAUCAUGAGCUGAGCUGGCUUGCCGAGAUCGAUGAAGAAGAAAGAAAGGAAAUGUUGUCGGCUGCAGUGACUUGUGCGGUCUUGGCCCCAGCUGGUCCAAAUAGGUCGCGCGUGCUUGCUUCACUGUAUAGAGACGAGCGUUCUGCUGACCUACCCUCAUACAACAUCCUGUCUAAAAUGUUCCUCGACCACAUCCUCCGCCCAGCUGAAAUCAGAACAUUCGAGGAGCGCCUUCGGCCUCAUCAAUUAGCAAAGAUUGCUAUUUCUUCCAAUGAUCAGCUUGCCUCAACUAUUGACGAUGAUGACUCUGCUGAACCGUCGACAAGUACUCGCAGGGGGCCGUCAACCGUUCUUGAUCGAGCGGUUAUGGAACAUAACCUAUUGGCUAGCUCAAAAAUCUAUAAUAACAUCACUUUCAGAGGUCUCGGUGCUCUCCUAGAUCUAGCACCUGGAGCCGCAGAGACGAUGGCACGAAAAAUGAUAGAGCAAGGACGUCUGAAAGGGUCGAUUGAUCAAGUCGACAAGCUCAUCUGGUUCGAUGCAGCAAGAGAGGAAGAUGACGCUCAAGGCAAAGCAGGUGGCCUUGGUGAUGUAGAGCAGACAAACGAAGACACUGGUGCUUCGUUCACCAAGCGGUGGGACUUGCAAAUUCGCAUGACGGCGGCAAAUGUGGAGACUAUAGUGCAACACCUGGCUGAGAAGGGUUUUGUCCAACAACCAGCGGUUGCAGCAUGAAAUGGGUUGCAAUUCUUGUAAACUACGAUGUGUAGUUGGUGCCAUGCAUACAAUAUUGUCCAGUACAUUAUAAUCAACCAUACCGAUGAGACAUAUUAUACGAGCCCGUUUUCUAGUUUGCGACGCUUCUUGGCUCGCUCCCGUUUGGUCUCCAGCUCAUGCCAUUCACCCUCUAAGGUGGACAAGUCAACAGGCAACUCAGGUGGAGGCUGCUCUUCCUUGAAAUAGGGAGCCUCGAGAGCCUCAAGGGCAGUAACUCUCUGCGUCGGAUCAUAAGCAAGAAGCCGCUCAGCUAAGUCAAGGGCUGCGGGCGAUAACCAUCUAGAAUCAAAAUGAGCUCAUCGAAUGUCAUGG